AUGUUCAUCUCCUACAGUAACCUGGAAGAUAUGCGCGAUGCCCGCAAGCGCUCGCAGAUCAACGCAUACGUGAACCGAGGUCGGAAGGUCAAUAAGGUCAAAUCCUCGGCGCAGCGACAUUCACGCCCACCGCUUGAAUGGCAGGCGCGCCGCACCGCUCGAACCUCGCCUCCCGUUGAAGUCGAGCCCGAGUCGUUGGCACAGGCGAAGGACGUCGCCGACGUUCAAGACCCAAGGCAUACCGAGGAUAGCACAUCCGCCUCACAGAAAAGGCGGCGUCUACCGAAGUUGCCGCUCCAAUAUGGGCCUGGUGGCCUUCGUCGAGAUCCUUUCGCAUCCUUCCCCAUCGCUCAGUCCGGCCAAGUUGAGUGGGCGGUCGAUUUCUUCCUCCAAGACUACGCUACCAUGAAUGAAUCAAUCUAUUCGGACGAGUCUGGAAGAAACUGGCUCACCGGCACGCUUUUCCCGUUGGCAUUGCAAUCCGACAUGCUCUUUGCGGCAGUCAUCCUUUCCAUGGCCAGAUAUUCCCAUGUUGCGGGUUCCAAUGCCCUCGUGCCGGGCGGCGUGCACUUUCUCCAUCUCCGUUCCAGUGUCCUUGGGCGGCUCCAUUGGACACUUUCUCAGGACAAGGAAAUCUCGACUUCGGACACAACCAUCAACACACUGAUAUGUUUGAUCGCUGCCGACUUCUUUGCCGGUCACGAUGAUCAUGCAGCAACCCACCUCAGAGGUCUUCAGAUGCUCGUUGCGCUCCGUGGCGGACUUGAGCAUGGCAACUUUGAUCGCCAGACCAAAUACAACCUCUCAGGGACUCAUGCGAUAUGCUCCUUUGCCGAGCAACGUCUGCAAAAGGCGUCGGCACCAGUCGUCAAGUCAGAACCCGAACUUAGCUAUCCUGUGCAUCCAUUCUCGCAACAGUUAUGCACGGAAAUCGCAACUCUGCCCCGAGGAAUCAGCGACAUCGCACUUGACGGACGGAUCUCCACACAGAUCAUCAAAAUACUAUGUCGCCUCACUUACUUGGCGAAAGGCACCGUCUUGCCGAGCGACAGCGCCACGACUGAUGAAUUCUUCAGCGUGUCAAACAAUUUUGUGACUUUCAUAGCGCGAGCAAACAUCACUUCUCUGGAGCGGAGUCUAUGUAUCUUUUGCUGGCUCUUCUUGUUAAGGAAGCAACCCAAUCGGAACCGGAGCCAGACAGGUUUCGGACAAUUCCUGGUCGACAUGCGGCGCCGGAUAAGGAAGAUGGCCAAGUCCUUCAUGUCGCUCGAAGGUGCAGACCCCGACUACGCUACGUGGGGAGUCGCAAUUCUUGUAGUCGACAACACCCCCGAACGGACCGGCCUGACCGAAGCUGAACGCUCUGAAGUCUUCGAGGAGCUCGUCUGCCGGCACCCUGUGGCAAGGAGAUGGAAGGAGACGGUCAAUAGCCUGCAAAAGUUCUUCUUCCUUGAUGCAUGGGUGGAAGAGUAUCGUGGCUGGUGGGACAAGGAGAUGGGGAGAUGCAGAAAGCGAUUUCAACAGCCGGAAUACAGCUGA